AUGGCAACCCCUUAUCGCUUGAUACCCGAAGCAUUGUCUGUAGCAAAGCGGUCCGCUGAAAAUGGCAGUGUUGCUGCUGAGUUUGAGAUUGCGUUCCUGGCAAAACAUCAAGAGAUAUGGAAUACCUCUCCAAAGCGUGCCAUCACGCGGACAAUGAUCGGUCCGAACCUGGUCGCAGAUGUAAUGGCCAGGGAAUUAAUGUGGCUCGAGAGAUUCAACCACGCGGCGAUGUGCGGUACUGAGCACCAUUGCGACCAAAAGGACCUGAACACAAGCGCAGAUUAUAUAUGCACACGGCCAAAUGGGUUCCUAAGCUUAGAUCUUCUUCAACAGCUGUCAGCGCCGUGCCCGUUGAUGAUGAGGCCAUAUUCUAAUCUUGGCCACGGAGUGCGCAGCCCUGUGCGAGAGUGUGGGGAUGACGCCGCAUGCAGUGAAUUCAAUACUAGGAGAAGAAAUGCGGAAAUCCACCAAGCUAACAGCCCGUACAGCGCAUUCGAAGACGGAACGCCACAGGGAGAGACAUCAGAAAGCCGAGUAGAUGAGACUCACGAACGAGAUGCCGAUCUACCGGAAGGAAUCACUCUAUCCAGCAGAAAGAAGCCACAAGCUGUCGCACAAUGGCAAUACAAGAACUACCCGGACCGAUACCGAACGUUCAGUCAUGAGGCCACCGAGGAAGGGGGAAUUGACAUAAUCGAUCUAGUUACAAUGCAACGGAUGGUGGAUGACCAAUGGUCGUACCAAUAUGCGAUCCCUGAAGACAGUGUGGAAAGACCUAUUCAAAAGGAAGAAUCUCAACAAGCUCGUCUUGGUGGGAAUAUCUGGGACUCAGCCAGGAGUCAACGGAUGUCCUUGCCGCCUAAUGAAGGUGGGGGCGGUCAUUCACCGAAAUUUACCGAAGAUAAGUGGGGUGAGAUGUGGACUGAUGUUCGGUUUUCCCUCGAGAUGCAGAUAGGGAGUGGUGACGGCUAUUGUUUGGAGGAGCCCUGUGGACGUUGUAGCUGUAUCGCUGUGUCUGAAGCUUCAACGGAGCCCAGACCUUCCCUGAUCCGGAAGAGGCUCGACGUCCUAUACCUCCGAGCAUUGGCAAGACACUGGAUGCCGAUAGAGCAAGAUGCUCUCGCAAAGCUACUUCCCACCUCGUUCCAUUGCUCGUCCCGCUUAAUCUCGGCGUCUACUGAGCUGAACGAGUGGAAUGUGAAGAUGACCCGAAAGAGUUCAAGUCUCAAACUAAUGGUUUUUGGAUGGCGAAGCAUCGAUCUUGUGUCUUCAAUGCGGAAACAGCAAGUGGGCGAGCAUGAUGGUUGUGGCAUAUCACCUAAUACAUUGGAUUACUUCUCGCGAAUGGACAAGCUGCCAGUGUGGAGUGGAGUGUGA